AAACUGAAUAUCUUUCUUGAAACAUCAGGGAACUCAAAACAGACUACAAUAAAUGACGAAGUAAGUUUUGUAGACCUGUUUUUGUGGCUUCCAAUUUUGUUAAGGUGUAAUUUUCUCAUCUGACAUCAUCACACAACAGGGUUCGUACAGGUCAUGGAAAACCUGGAAAGUUUAACCUGGAAUUUAAGAAUUUUAUUCUCCAAGCCUGGAAAGUCAUAGAAUUUAAUUGUUGGUCCUGGAAAGUCAUGGAUAAUUUAAGUUAUGUUUAAAAGAUUAGUUUCUGCAGAUGUCAAAGCAAGGACUAUGUAAGAAAGCAGAAGUUAGAGACAUGUAACUAAACAGCAAACAAAACACAUUUAGGUGGAUAAUGGUAUUUGUGUCUGUUGAACAGUGUUUGGUCAAAAAGGCCUGAAACAAGGAUAGUUUUGAAAAUUCAAACAUGACAGCCAUAAAGCGUAGGGUCAUGUAAAGCUUGAAACAGUCAUAGAAAAGUCAUUAAAAGUCAUGGAAUUCAAAGAGGUCAAAAGAGUAUGAACCUUGUGCAAAGAGCCGUUGGUUAAAAAAUUCUAGUUGAACCUCUAUCUAUUAGUCACACUGUUCUAAGUUCCAAUGGUGACCAACUUCAAAUUUCUCAUAACAAAAUCAAUACAUUAUGUAAGGAAAAGGUUAUGAGAAUUUUAAAAAAAUCAUCAUCAAGGAGAAAAUGCUUUGAUCUUUUCUCUUUAAUUCUCUUUUUAAUAAGUAAUAAUGUUCUACUUGUAUAUCAGAGAAUGUAUGUAGAUCAUGGUGGAGAAACAUUUAUACUGUACGUGGAUAUUUAAGCUUAAAGGGUUAAGUGAUAACUCUCUUUUUAGCAGCCAGUUGUUGGAGUCUAAAAGGAUUGGCAACAAAUGAAUGUAAAAUAGCCUAUGUUAAUCAACCAUCUCGGUGUUCAUUAAUGUCAAAUAAAAUGAUGAUAAUACGCUGUAUAAAUAGUGUUUAAGACAAGUGUUUGUUUUUUAAAUUUUUUUAUUUAAUCAAUUUUUUUACACAGGGAAACUUACUUGCAUCCGUCCUUGGUAGAUCAUUGCACUUGUGGAAUUUCACUUCUGAAAGAUUAAAUUCGUAAGUUUGUCAUUUUGUGUAGUUUUAGAGUGGCAAACUUCUGAGUUUCGUUUUUCAUUUACUGAUCAAUGUGUCAAGAUGGAAUUGAUCAGGAAAUUGAGUAAUUUUAAUUUUCAGUGGCCAAACACCUUGUACCAGAAUAAUUUAAAUCAUAUUGCAUUCUGUUUUUACAGUUUUUCAAGGACUAUAGAUGUAGUUACAUGUAGUUAUCUGUAACUGUUGUUGUUGUGGUUAAUUUUUUAUGGGAGCCGAGAAAAUGAAUUUAAAACUUCACAGGAAUUGAGAAAACACAGGUAAAAUUUCAUGUGUAAGGCUUCAUUUUGUUAAAUUUUAAAUUUAUUUUCUCGGGCUCCCAUAAGAAAUUUUCCUUUUAAUUUUUGUUAUUACAAUAAAAACCAAUUAGUUCUACAGCCCUUGAAAACUGUAAAAAACAGUGCAAUAAAUUAUGCUUAAUAUUAUUCUGGUACAAAGCUUUUGUGCACUGAAAAUUGAUGUUACUCAAUUUUCUAAUGGAUUCUGUCUUAAAUGUCUCUUGCAUACCGUGAUAAUCGUUAACACUUGUUGCAUGUAACUUGCAUGUUAAUAUGUUUGCUAUUGUCUCACUUUCUAGCUUUACAUACAAAUUUGCUCGAUUUUCAUGUGCGUCAUUUCACCCUUCAGAAGCAUGUGUAGCUGCUGGGGAAGGAAUAGGAAAGAUUAUUUUAUGGUGAGAGUUUUGGACUUGUUGUAGAUAUGGUAAUUUUAGUAGUGAUAGGGGUGCUCUGUGCGUGCGCUUCGCACGCACAAGCGAAGCCCCAUAGCUAAGAAAAUUUAUCCAUCCUAGAAAAUUUGGUAAUCACGUGACUGUACACCACCUGACCGAGCGACCAUCUGUCUGCAACACAGGCAUACCAAUGUAAAAUAACUCAAUUAACAGGUAUAGCAACCCAAAUGCAACUUGAGGUUAUUUUGACGGGAAAUCGCAUAGCCACCCACGUAUUGUUAAGCAGAGACAACUAGAGUCAAUGAAGAUGAAUACAGAAAGCAGAAAUUGUUUCUGCAUCCGUGUUGUCUAAAGUAUUAAGCUUUGAUUAACUGUCAUGUCCACAAAUUUGGAAUAAAGACGGAGAAAAAGAGAAAGUAGGGGAAAGGCCAGCGAAGCUCAACAAGAAAACUGAGAGUGGCAGAGAGCUAGAGGGAGAGAGAAAAAACAAAAGACGCAUUUUUUGUUGGAAGAACAGCAUGAAAAUUUUGUAUGUGCAGAAAUACUAGUAAUAAGAAAUAAAUGCUAGUAAAUGCUAAUAAAUAAGAAAUGCUAGUGGUCACCACAGUAAAAAUGAGCAACAGGAAAAAAAAAGUGGGCAAGAACACGUACGUUAUUUCCUCCAUGAAACGUGUAACCAGGAAGUUUUUAGAAGUUUUACGUUUUAGUCGUGCAAAACAGUGGCAAAAAAAUGUACAAAAAAUUGGUUGCACCUUCAAGGUUGCUUUUUUGCUAAUUAGACCUAUUGCUGUGUUUUCACUGUUCUCAUUGCCUUCACUGCUUAGCGUUACACGAUUGGUCAAACUAUAUUAAUAUUAUCGAGAGCUUCGCUUUAAGCCCUGGCUAAAUCUAUAUAGUACUCUAUUAUGUGAUGAUGUGUUCUAGAAUGACAGGAUCUUGGUAUUUAGCACAUGAGGGCACUUUUUUGGUUUACAGACUCUCUUUUUAAUGUCUUUCUUUGUUAACUGUUUGCUUACACGUAUGUGCCAUUCAUUUCAAGUACAACAGCAGUGUGUUCUUGUGCUCUGUGGUGGGUUUUGAAAAGUAAUUCUGUUCUCUCUCAUUAAGAGGCAGCAUUAUUCUCUGUUCACGCUGAUGGAAUUUUUCAUAUUAUUUUCUCUCAGUUUUUUUUUGGCAUGACACUUGGUAGCUAAAAUGUAGGGGUGUAUUAGAGUGGUUUUGAAAGCCACAUGCACCUUCAGGUUACCCAAUAGCUAUGGUGCAGGGAUUAAUGUGUAAGCAGGGAUCAAGAGUUAUGAUUGAAUGCUAAUUAAAAGCUUCCACGAAUCCUCAAAUAAAUUUUUGUUCCACCGAAAUACACUGUUCAAAGGUCCAAUUAAAAGCUCUUGUAAUGAACCACCUUUUACGUGUAGACAUGGGUUUGUCUUACGUAGACUACUGCUUAAGUAUUAUGGUGAUUGUAUGAAAAUCUAUUUAAUACCACGAAAGAAUUAGCUCAGUCGGUAGAGCACUUGACUGCAGAGCAGGAUGUCACAGGUUCAAUUCCAGGGACCUGACCAAUACUCAAAGUCUUAAAAUAACUGAGAAUUGAAGGUACUUCCUUUGUCUUGCAAAUGGCUAGACCUUCGUGUAGCUUGGGUGGCCACCUAAAAUGGCAGUCUUCUUCCCAGUAGGAGAUGUUCAUAUAGUGUCCCCAGUUAGUACUUUCAUGCUAAAUACAUUGACACUUUAAAUAAAGUGCAAUUUUUUCAAUACCAGGCAAGGUCUGGAUCAGUUGGAGUCACCAGCCACUAUGGUUUUACACUGGCAUCCACAUCCUGUGAGUGAUGUGGUUUUCACAAAUGAUGGUAUGCUAUUUUUAACACUUUUAUGUGCAUUGAUCAUUGGAUUUUCUGGCCACUAUUUAAUAAUAGCAUUUAAAUGGUUAACCACAUUCCCUGGAAGCACAAUAUACGUCAUUUUAGAUAGUGUUGGGAAACAACACAUUCACAGAUUCCAUUUUCCUACUAGCAGAGGCAAUGUAACAAAAAUUCCAUUCCACUCAAUACAGCCCAGCUCUUUUGUUAGUGGCGUUUGCUGGCUCUGAAAGGUACAUGUACAAGAUCACCAAACAGAAAAUACUGAUCUGACUGAUCCUUCUUCAGAUCUGCAUAGUUUAGAUUGAAAUCUAAGUUUUUUUGUUAGCUAGGAUGCUUGAUAGUAGAUCUAGAUUUAGAUUUGUCUGAAGGAUUGCUGCAAUGGAUUCUUGUUCCUCUUCAUUGUACAUUAUUAAUUUUGCAGAAGUCUCAAUACUCUGGUAGUUUAUUUUUUAUUAGUUUUCCCAUUUGAGCAACUCCUAAUCUUGGGAAUCCUGUAGUACUUGGUUGUCCUAAGGUUUUCAGGGAUGACCUUUCUUUGUUCAUGUGCAUUUUUGGCACCAUUUUGAAUUAUGUCAUAUUUGCAUGCGCAUAUUCCUCUUGAUUACGUCAACAACCAGAUGAUACAACUGAUGUUGAAAGCACAGAGUUAUUUGAGUUCAGAGAGGGAUGAAAUUUGGAGUUGUUUUCAAAGCAGGUUUUAUCACUAGGGUUGCGGUUUUGUCCUGCGGCACCUUUCUUAUUGUUACCACCCUGUUCGGUCAAGUACACAUGUCGGUUUUUCGUUUUUAAAGGUUCUAACCUGCUUUCUGUUGGAGAGGAGGGGGUGUUGGUUCGCUGGCAAUGGAAAACACAUGAGCAACAGUUUCUUCCCCGAUUAGGUGCUCCAAUUCAUCAUGUCGCAGUUAGUCCAGAUGAUUCAUUGACUGCUAUCAGUCAAAAAGAUAACAGUGAGUGCUUUAUAACUAUUGCUUUUACUUUUGUCUAUAUCUGCCAGUUAUGGCUGGAUAUGUCACCUUUCCAGAAAAUAGAUUACAUUUAGAUGACCAUUCAAUCAUUUAAAAAUGGCCAAGAUUUAAACCAAUGGACAGCCCUUUACAUCUCAUGGCUGAAAUGCUCGUUAAGAGUUUGCAGACACAUUUUCAUUACUCAGAAAUAAUAAUGUAAAACUCAUUAGACCCAACUUUGGUAAGAUGAUUGUCUUAAAUUUUCAUGCUACCCUCAGGCGAUUUUUUUCUUACGGAAAUGAAACAUUAAUGCAUAUUCCUCCUACCCAGAAAGCAGCCCUAACAAUUGAGUAAACUAAUAUUCUACCAUAUUUAUGUUUUAAAUUCCAGUUAUCAGAGUAAUUUGUAACACAGAGAACAAGGUAAAGCGCACUAUCCAGGGUUUAAGACAAAGUAAGUGCAGAUGUACUGUUAAAAGUAAUAAUGCAAUAAAUAAACAUGUAAAAAGUAGCAAGGUAAUGUUCCAAAGUUUCUGCGACAUCACAUCAUGACAUCAUUAUCAAGGAAUAGAAAAAUAAAAAUGCAUCAUGAUGUCGCCGAAAUAUCAGAACUUUAUCUUGUUACUUUUUACAGGCAUAUGUUUCUCAAAAUCACUAUUAAUUAGAAUACAGUGAAUGCUCAAAUUAUUGCCCUCCUUCAAAUCAGUGUACCCCCUUGAAUUAGCACUCCCUUGAGGCGAAAUAUAUCAAAUAAGCAGUCUCCUUUGAAUAAGUAAUAAGUGCCCCCCCGUCCCUUAACACCCCUCUUUUAUUCAUAAUUAUAUGGUAAACAGUAUGUUUGUGUUCAAUAAAAAUAAAAGUAGUGAUCUCCCAAUCUCAGCUGCUCUGGAAACUCCUUGGUUACCUAAAAAGUCCUUGAAUACUCCUUGAAUUGUUAUAACCCAACACAUUAGGGUUAGUUUUUUGUACGUAUAUGUACAACAUUAAUUUUAUGUUGGUAAUGUUUGAAGAUAAUACAUAUGUUAAUGAUUUUUUUUCCUUGGUAGUUGACAAUCUUCACAUGGGUAUUGUGUUUGAUCCUCGGUCGAAAGCUUUGGUGACAGGAAACAUGCCUGGCAUUUUACAGUUUUACAUGCCCACAACUGACCACCAUGCUCUUUCUGUAAGUUUACUGGAGUUUUUACAGUCUUAGUGUUUUCAUAAAGCUUGUUACAAAGUAAAUUAUAGUAAAACUCCCAUAAAAAUUUAAAAUUCUUCAUUUGAUGUCAUAUCUCUGGUUACCAAUGUGGUGCGAACCAGUGGUCCCUGUCAUUUACAAGGGGGAAUUAUCAAAUUGAUGAGAAUUUUCCAGGGUCUGUACUGUUAUUGGCCACAGAAAUGAUGUCAGAAUGUUUAAAACUCAGGUGGAACCAUGAGCUGCAGGCGAGUGUUUUCACUGCAAAGUUUUAAUGUCAAUUCUAUGGUUGAUAAGAGUAUCGACCAUGGAAAAAAGUUGAUUUUUUUAAAAUAGCAUUGACAGGUCUUUACGUCCAUUCCCAGCAGAGUUUCUCAGUCAAUCUUGCAGGAGAGAAAAAGAAAAAGAAACUGUGCCAUCACCACGUCAUUUCCAUAAUCUGUAUUCUUAAUCACCAUAGCUCUCAACCAAUCAGUAGAGAGAAAUCGCUUGAUCUGUUAUUGUAAAGAUGUAGAUUUCUGUAGCUGGUUUUCUUUCCAUUAUUGUUAUUUAUUAUUAUAAGUUAUUAGGCAUAUACUUCUGGAACUGGCAAGCUAGCCUAGUCUAGUUACAACUUUUACUUUAUCAGGCCUAUCCAGCCAAUAGUGACAGUGAAAGGUUUUUAGCAAAAACUCUCUAGCAAAGCCUAUUUCAUUUUCAAAAUGAUUACUCCGGCCAGUCAGUUCUGACUUUUGGUAAGUGACCUGACCGACUUAUUAUGGACCUUAAGAUCCAACGAUGGCCAUGACAAAAAAAAUGUCAAAAAAGCAAUAGGUUGAACAAGCAAACAACAGCUCUGCAUAUGCAUCAUGCUAUUUUGUUCAUGUCUUUGCGGUCAUUGUAUGACUACAAUGUGAAAAUGGAUUAUAUCACAUUUUCUUUCUCUUUCUGAACUUAGAUAUCGUUCUUAGGAAUUCAACUCCAGGAGAGUGCAACUGCAUCUAACAAAGUAAUUGAGCUGGAAUAAUUUGAGGAAGAUUGAAAGAAUGCAAAUUCAUUUUUCAAGCAACCCUUUCCCCGCUAUUACCUUCCUCUGAUCUUUAAGUCCCUAUUGAUGACUGAUGGACAAAACAACUCUCUGCAGGUUGCAAAGAAAAUCAUUUUUACAGCUUGCCAUUCGGGCAAGCUGAAGCUAACAUUUACUAGCCCAGACGUCAUUUCAACUAGCCCAAAAGCUUUUUGAAGAGCAGAAUUGAUCUCACAGUUUUUCUGUUUUUCGAAUUCCUCGAAAAAGAUCACUUGCCCGUCGGGCAAGUUGAAAACAGAAUUCACUAGCCCAAUAGCAAAAUCCACUAGCCCUGGGCUGUCGGACACCACUUUCUUUGCACGCUGCUCUGACUGAUUGUGUGAGUGUCUUUUUCCCUUUCCAGCUUGAUGUCGUAAAGCAGAACUAUGUGCCAGGCAAGCAAGGCAAAAGAGGUGCUCUGGUCUAUACCAAAAUUGAUCAUGUUGCAUUUAAUGAUGAUGGAGAGUGGCUGGCAACUGUGAGUGCGUGAGCUUGUAAAAUAACAACAUUAUUGGAUUAAGUUUUUGUGAUAUCAAGAAUGAUCAAGGUCUCGAAACAGCCACCUGCUGUAUAACACUACAUUUUAACGACUAUUGGAAAAAAAUGUUAAAUUAAUCUGCUGCUCUUUUUGGGUUAAAAAUAAAAAUGUUUAUUAAUGAUAAUUCUUCAACCAGGUUGAGAGAAGAGAUGAUCACAAGACAGCCAGGGAACUGAGGCUUAAGUUCUGGGAAUACAAUAAACAUGGUCAAAAGUAAGCUGAGUCUGACCUACAAGACUUAUGUUCAGCGCAUGUGUUGAAUAUUUAUCUUAUUAUAUUAUCUGUUAGUGGUAUGUACUUGUGUUGUUAGCAGUAUGUACCAGUGUUGUUAGUAGUAUGUACCAGUGUUAUGGCUAUGGUGUGGGUCUUUUCGAUUAUCCACAAACAAAUCUCCAAAUUGAUCUCUCUAUAUUUUUUUCUUUAAAGAAUGAGUUGAGAGAAUUUGAUAAAAGAUCAAAGUAUUUUCUGGUCGGUGAUCAUGUUACAUAUUCUCAUCACCUUUCCCCCUGAUUGUCUUUUGAUAUCGUUCGGAGAAAAUUGAUGUUGGUCACCAUUGGGAGUUAAAGGGUUAACUGAAGCCACAUGCACUCCUUGAGUGCCUAUUUUUAUGUUUUUUGACCCUGUUGUUGUUCUUGUUCUUCAUCCUUUCAGUUAUGAACUCAACACUUGUGUCGACCCACCACACGAACAGAAAAUUGUAGCUUUACAGUUCCAACCACAGAAGAGAAAAGACCCUGAUAAGACUCUACUAGCGGUGACAGCUGGUGGGGAUGGGAAGUUUAAAAUCUGGGUUCUUGGUGAAGAAAGACUUGGGAGAAGUAAGAAUAAACAAAAAAAUUGUAAUGAUGGGUUUGGAGGGAAACAGGUCUAAACUAUUGUUUUGUUUUUAGCCUCGAUGUUUCCCAAGGUUCAGUUAUUGAGAUUUGGGGUAAUUGCGGGCGACAAGAGGAGCCUGCAAUCCUAAUAUCCAGGUUGUUAUUACGCAUGUGUCGCAUGUAUGUAGCCAGCAGCCAGCAUUCUUUUGGACUUGCACUAAGAAUAAAUGGAAUGCAUAGAACGUAAUUUGAUCAGCGCAUUUGGACCUUCUAUCACUCAUAAUCUGAUCACGCCUGUUUUGACCAUCUGUCAUGGGAAACUUACGCAAAGCACAGCGUUGGAGCAAAAGCGUUUUGACCUUCGAUUGUUGUCGCCCCCAUUACGUAACCUUCGGUUAUUACUAGUCAAGUACUGCUUAUUUCUUGAUGGACCAGGUGAUUUGUAAUAGUAUAGCAAAACAAAGAUGAUGGAUACAAAGUACCAGUCAACAUUUAAUAAUUUGUGGAUAGCAUUGAUGUCACAGAUUUUGCAAUGUUGCCUGCUCAGAGGUGAAUUAAAAAUGAAGCCUCGGGCUGUUGGGAAAAGAGUCCCAUUAACAAAAUAGUUUCACUACCAGACUUGAGACAAAUCAAAUGUAGACCAGGUUUUUAUUGAAUUUUACAUUUUGGUUCUCUUAAGACAACAUUUACCUUGGCUUGAAAAAAUCCCAACAAGAAGAUUUUCCGGUCAGGCUGGUAACUUUUGUUGUCGGGUUUAUUUGCCCAAUGAGCCAGGGUCAGGGCAAGUCUUCUUCUUACCAAAUUAUAACAUUUGACAAGGAUGUAACUACCCAGGCAAGCAAAAUAUGAGCGAAGCUAAAAUUCAUAGAGUCGUCAAGCCCUACUAAGGUUUACAUUGGCCCAACUUUAUUGCAUAAGGUAUGCUUGGGAUAAAAGAGCAUUGUACGUUUCUGGGAAACUGCCACCUACCCCUAUCCUAAGCCAACAUUUUGCCCUAAGUGAGAAGUAAGUGUUAAUGUUGGCUUAGGGGAGGGGUAGGUGGGCAGUUACCCAGAAACGUAUAAUCCGGAUAAAACAUAGACAUGAACUUUAUCACGUGAGGCAAUCCUGUCACUUCCUGUAUUUGUAAGAAGCCCUUUGCAUAUGAAAAGUUGGACCGUCUAAAUCAGCCUCUACAUGGCUAUUAUUGUUGCUCUUUAGGCAAUAGACAUUCUUGGUCCUGUCAAUCAGUUGGUUUCUAUGACGACACACCUUGUCAAGAUGCAGCGUUCUCUCAAGAUGGCUCGCUUCUUGCCGUGGCUUACGCUCAGGUUUGUAGCAUACUACGUAACUCACAUUAUACAGAAUUCCCUCUUAAAUGGCCUGAUUAAUAAUGUUGUUUAAAGUGUUGUGGGUAAAAUCCGAGCCACUGGAGAAUGCACGAUCCACGCGGGGUGAACGCUCUGGCGUCUCCUUUUGCAUGUUGCGUGCGCGUGACUUCUAACGAUAUACCCCACAUGGACAGCUUACUCGCAGGUGAAGGUUAAACCGGAAUUAAAACCAGUUUGAUUCAGAACUUCCUUUGUUUUCUAGACCUAAACAACUUUAGCUAGUUGAAGCUAGACUUAAAGCCAUUGUUUUGGUUUUCAAAGCUGGUGCUUUUCGCUACUAGUGGGCUAUAACAUAUAGCCUAGUAGUAGCUCAGACAAUCAGAACACAGCAUUGAUAAUAGACCACUAGUUGGAUUUUACUAAAGACGUUUACCCUCGGUAAGUAUGUUAAAGGUAAAGUUCUUCCUUUUUGUUGUAAUAUUGCAGAUAAUCACCUUAUGGACGCCUGAAACAAAUGAAAUGAGAAAAACCCUGGCUUUACCUUAUCCGGAAGAAGAAAUCAAGUAAGACUUGAUAAUUUUAUCACAUAACUGAAGUUGCAAUAUGUGUACUCUGACGUAUUCAUUCUGUGAAACCAACUCAUCAUCCAAGUAUAGUGUGCAUUCUAAUUGCCACAAACUUAAGUUAAAACCAAUGGCAUAGACUGCACUGCACUGCAAUACUCUUGAAGAAAAUCAUUUGGCUAAGAAAGGUCAAAUAUAUUUAGGGUGGAAACAAUCAUCAGUAUCUUUCUGUGCUUUAUCAUUCUCGUCCCCAGAGCCUCCUGUUCCCUUAGCCGGCGAGGCCUGAGCACGAGCACAGGUCCUUGUGCUCAGGCCUUGCCGGUUAAGGGAACAGGAGGCUCUGGGGACGAGAAUGGAACUUUAUUGUCUUGAACUUAUGACUGUGAUGUUGGCACAUUAUACCGGGUCGAGUUAACUUUCGUAAAGGCCUCUGGGAGUGUUAUUAGGGAGAAGGAAAAAAUUGGCCAAUAGCUGACCGGCGCGUCCUCAAUGACGAUCCCAGAAUGAAUUGCGGGACACAUUUCGGCUCCAGUCCCCUCCUCGUUUCUAAAUGGCGACCCAAGUUGCACUCAUUGUUUUGUUUUUUUGGUGUGGCCCUAUCGAAGCUCACAGCAGUUUUUUUGUACCGUUGUGAGUCAAACAGGUGCCUAAAAGAAAUAUUUUCCAUCAGGUCGCUAAUUUGGUCUGUUCCUGUGCCAUCUUAGCAUCACCCAGGAGAAUAACAUGCUCUGUGAAGCCUUCCAUCAUUGCAACGUUUUUUUAGCUGACUCCUGAUUAGGAGAAGACUUCACGUUUGUUAGGAGGUUGUGAACUGAAACUGCCGUCAAUUAUGACAUGUUUACUCAUCGUUCACUCAUGUUUUCUCGUACUUUUCAGAUAAAAAGGAUAGAUAAAAGGUCGCUGACGACAAUGCUCUGGUCAUGCGCAAUUUUCCCAAUAAGUUGCAGAGGCAUACCGAUUAAACGAUAAAUUAAUUAUUGAGCUCGUUUCGCAAAAUACCUUGUUUUUGCUCUCCCUCGUCCAAUACUAGGAAGCUUAAGCAACGACGACGGCGAGGGCAACGAGAAUGGCAAAAAAGCAAUAGGUUUAGAUGGCAAAACAACAACUUUGCCCGUGCAUCACCCUUUUUUGUACAUUUCUUUGCCGUCAUGGCACGACUACGACGUGGCCCUUCCUAAUUUCACGUUUUGUGGAGGACGUGAUAACAAGACAACAACUUCCUUUUUCUUUUCCUAACUUGGAUACAGUAUUUUAGACUUCUACUCCAAAAAAAAAUGCCAACAUUUGACGAACUUAGCGAGAUGGAAUGAGCGCGAUAAAGUCUGCGACAGGGCGAAUUCGCUUUUUAAGUGACGUUUUUGCUGCUUUCGCCUUCGAUGUUGCCUAAGCUCCCUAUGGCUUAUCGGUGCGCGGCUAAAAGUAGGUUUAAUUUGUUAUUUUUUUCCUGGUUAUUUUCAGGAGUAUUAAGUUCGGUAACAACAGUUCUUCUCAGUACUUAAUCUCUAUCACCAAUCAGUAUCUCACGGUCUGGAAUCUUCUUUCUUGUUCAGGUAAGUUAUAGUGACAUCCUUGUAGUAACAGGGCAGGGAAAACUGUCGCUUAUUCUUCUCAGUACUUAAUCUCUAUCACCAAUCAGUAUCUCACGGUCUGGAAUCUUCUUUCUUGUUCAGGUAAGUUAUAGUGACAUCCUUGUAGUAACAGGGCAGGGAAAACUGUCGCUUAACUUGCGCUUAAAGCGUGCGGUAGCCUUCAUAUGUGGGUAGUAUACGUUUUAAAUAAACGGUGCCAACUUUCCUCACUUGCAGCCAGUGGCUGAAUAAUGCGGAGAAACCAGAGGUGAGAUCGGACGUCAGCAUGUUAAGGCGCACUAGGUACCCACCCAGGUCAAUGACGGCGCAAAACGCGAAACCGUGGCCUUCAUCCUUUUUUUUUUUUCGAGCAAUGACAAUGGUUCCUUAACGUCCCCUUCCAACUGUUAUGUAAGGAUGAAGGAGACAAGGCCAAUGCCUUAACGUCAGCAGAGAAAAGGUUUUAAUCACCGCUAGCUAUCUAUCCAGUUUUAAAGACCUUCAUUGGUGUUUGAAACCUGGCCGGGAUUUGAACUAGCGGCCUCCCGCUCAGCAGACUUCCCCGCAAACAUUUUGUUGCUCAAUUGUUAUAUCGUUUGGUUUAUCCUUUAUCCUGUAUGAUUCGUUUCUCUUUCAGUUUGGUGGAGUGUGGAAGCUCCAGUAACAAGCCUGGCAACUGAUCCACAGUCACACCUGAUGAGUACUUUUGUUGCCUUUAACAAGAACAAGUCACAUUGUGAGUUAGUUUUAUGGUGUACAUUGUUACCUGAUAAUGCAUGGUGCUUUAAUCAGCUUUAUUGGCAAUUGAAUAAAUAACGAUUUAUAACAUCCACAAGGUGGUUUUUCGUCGCUGAAGCGAAGCGAUAACAAUAGCGUUCUUCAAAACAUUCCCGUGGUGCAAUCUGACACAACGUCGAACCAGUCUCUCGUCCAAUCUCAAAAGAGCCAAUGUGAGCAGCCAUACUUGGCAUAGUCUCCCUCGCAGCCGGUUUUGUCUCGUCACGCAACGCUUCUCCCAAGCGAGGAGCGUUUUGUGACGAGACCAAAACGGCUGCGAGGGAGACUAUAGUUGGCAGUUUUGUCAAAAACCAUCACGUGAGAGCGGGUGUGAGAGCCACAUUGUUCGUCAUUCGCCGUACUAAACCGCACUGAACAGGACUGCUGUUGUGUUGAGUAGCUUUUGCUUAAAUUGUUGGCUAUAUGACUACAUUGACGGACAAGAAACCUCGUAAUCGUUGUUGUGGGAAAUACUUUAUUUCAGUGCCGUUUUUGUUUUCAUGUAUCUUCAACUGCACUUUUUCUCUUUUUAUUUCGUCUUGUUAUUAUAGUAGCGAGCUUACGCAACAGGACGGGAGAGGAAAGAAGACGGCAAGCCUUGUGUGACAAGCGGGACAAUUUUGUUUGAAAAACUUUUGCGCCAAACUGCACCAUCCUUUCAACGGAUCUUUUUGUAAAAGACCAUUAAACAUUAACUUAAUUGAAGAUCACGACAAAACACAUCAGUAAUAGGCCUAUCACGUUUGUCACACACAAGCGUUUUGCCGUCGUCUUCUUUCUGCCGUCCUGUUGCGUAAACUCACUACUAUAAUAACAAGACAAAAUAAACACGCUAUCCUUCAUUUUAAAUUUAAACGUCUUAGCUGGUUUACCUAGUCAUCUGUAAGACCCUGAAGAAGAAAGGACGUGCCUUUCGAAAUAAUGGCAAUAAUUAAAUUAUAUUCCUAACUGUAAAAUCAGCCUUGCUUCUUUUCGUUAUUUUAUCAGUGUACAUUUUCGACCCAGCGUCUCCUCGUCCCGUGGCGGUGCAGGCGGCUGUAUCUAGGAAAACAGACAUCAUUGCUGCAGCGUUUUAUCCCACAAGUUUGGUACGCGGCAGCACGGAAGGACACAGUACUAAAAUGUCUAAACUUUACUUUUUGACGGCGAAACAGGUGAGUUCUUUAUUCUUAGUUUUUCCUUAGGCUACGUUGACACGGCACCUGACGAAUUUUCGACAGGCUGAAAAAUUUGACUGGACACUUCGUUCACACUGAACGGUUUGGAGCGAUUUUCGUAUGACCUAGGAAUGAAAACGCGCGAACAUAACAGAAACAACAAACGAACGGAAAUAGAGCGAUUUGAUUGGUUUAUCGAACGGAUACAAACGCGCGUGGCCUUUGGCUGGUUAUGGGCAAACGCUCGGGUGAAAAAACUUCAUGGCCGAGAACUUUCUAGAAAUCGACCGAUACUUCGCUUUGACGUCAUACUGCAACACGAUUGGCCAAUCGAACAAUUCCUUCUGCAUAUUAGGGUUUUCUUUGGCGAAAAAAUGAAGAGGCCAUGUUUUGAUCUUUUCAUCCACUGGCUGAUAAAACAAAUAACGAACACUUACCGAAACCAUUUUUCAAGGUCAUAGGAAAAUCGCUCUAAUAUUUUCCCUCUGUUCACACGGAACUUUGAACGGCUAGGCGUCUAAAUUUUCAUGCGGUUGGGGUGGGUCCGUGUGAACGAAACACCUAAAUGCACGAAUUUCAACAAGUCGAAAAUUCGUCUGGUGUCGUGUGAUGUUCUUAAAAUAUCUGCUUUUCAGCAUUUACGAUUUAUCAGGCUCUGAUACACUUUUUCAUAUUUCUUACGUUUGAGUGCUCUAUUUUGACAACUUUAUCGUUCAUUUUGCUACCCGAGGAGCUCUUUAGCCGCGUCAGUUUUCUCGCAACAAGUCCCUUUUUUUCCAGUAACUAGUCAACAGCGAAACAGAACCUGCUUUUCGAAGCAAUUUCAGUGUUAAUCAAACGCCUGUUUCUGAAUGUAAGAUUUUUGUAUUUUUACGCGUCAUAGGUUUUCCGUUACCUGCCGCUGGAUGUUUUUCCCGCGCCUUUCGCCAUUUAAAAUCAGCUUUUCUGAGCGCUUUUUUCCCAUCUCCCAUAAUACACCUUGUAAUACACCAAAAUGUGGCGUAAGUAUUGUCCUCAAUAUCUCUUGGGACGACUGUUAAACCCAGGAGAAGUUAAAAACAUUUUGGGGGGCAAGCAAGUUGGGAGACGCGCAAAUAGCGAAUUGUAUCUCUACUCGCGCAUGCGCCUUAAAUUGUGAUGACUCAACCUGGCUGGCAAUCUGGUUCCCAGGGCCUCUCCUCUUCUGCAGCCGUUUAGAUCCCUGCCCAGAGUUUUAUGUGUAAGCUUCAUAAGAGCAAUAGUUAAUGUCUGUUUCUUUGUGUCCAAUUAGCCAAAGAGUUUGUGAUACAGUAGACUACGAGCAGCCUCUCUUUUUUCUGUACUCCGUCAAGCAAAACGCGAGAUACGCAAAUGGCCACGCGCGUGACUGAUGGCGCGAGACGGAAGAGGCACGAAAAAAGAGAGUGUCUCUCUUUUUUCUUCUCGGGCUGCCGCCCUCGUUUCGCGCGUCUCGCGGCUUCGCCGCUCAAGCGCGCGUGCAUUGUUCUCACUAAAUCUGAAGAAAAAGAGAGACUGCUCGCAGUCUAGUGAUACAAUAAUGUCACCACUGGUGUUUUUCACUGAAUUUCAGGAGCUCUUCACUCUAGACUGCGAAGAAACUACGAGCGAGGAAAACAACGCAACAACAUCACAGGUAAAAACGAGAUGA